CAAUAUUUCGGCACCUUGCAGAAGGACAGGAGGUGCGCUUGUCGCCCCUGCAUCAACGUGAUCUCAUGCUCCUGUGGUGAUCCGCAGCUCUACGGCUACUGCAAUCAGAUCUCCGAGUACGUCUGUCCGGAAACGACCAUCCCCUGCUCUCCGGGGUCUGUUUGUGCCAACGGCAGGGCCUGCAUGAAGAACGUCGCGUACAAGAUCAUGCAGUGUAGCACGUCUAUCCGCGAGUACGGCAUCCUCCUCCACAACGGGACUAACAAUCAGCCGUCAACAUGUCAAGAGAGCCGAAAGCCUUGCAGCUCGCACGCGGACUGCAACCUGACAAGCGGAGACUUCUGUCAAGGAGGUCAAGAUUUCUUCUGCCCGAACCCCACGGGCUUCCCUCAAGCAAACUUCACCUACAAUCAAGAAUGCUGGAUGUGCCCUGAGUACCGCACGUCCGGCCUCGUCAACCCCAAGUUGACGCAGGACCUCUGGAAGUCUCUCAACUCCGACUCUUCCUUCAAUCUCUGCCAGAAAUGUUUCAGCCCCUUCGGCAAGACUUCCUGCGACAGCUUCUGAUGGCUCCCAGUGUUAUGGUUGUGAAGUAAAGAUACAGUCAAGCUUGCGGGAUGAUGAGGACCUCUCAGAGAGAUGCUGCAGGAUGAUGAUGAGGACCUCUCAGAGUUCUUGAGAUCGUGAUUGCCACGAGUGACAUGAUCUUAAUCUCCUACACCUUCGAUCUUGACCAUGUCAACCAUGAACCAGCGACGAGGUAAAAGUAAACCAACCAAGCAUGCAGAAUGCUGUUCAUACGAAAACAAAAUGGAUAAUAGUUAUUUAAUUGUGAAUGACUGCAAAUUACAGCGUCACAAGACAGAAAUAGCUAUAUGGUGACACAAAUAUAUCAAAGCAGCACAACGUUGCAAAUAGCG